UCAGUGCUCAUCAGCGGCAUUCAUUUCUCCGCGUAGCAAGUAUACAGGAGAGCAACAAUUUGUCACGAAAAUUAAAACGAUUCGAUACGGACUGAGGCAUUUCUUAUUAUUCCGCUCUUAUUCGGUGCUUUGCUGUCAUUCGAUUUUUAGCUCACCAACGAAAAGGUUCAUUUUGUGAUUGAAAGAAAAAAAAAUACUAAAAAUUGUAACAGACCGAAUCCAAUAGAAAGUGAUAGUGAAGUAGUAGAAUUAAUCAAGACCAAAUAAUGGGAAUAAGUGGACUCAAUACGUUUAUCGUUGAAUUCCAUGUCAGUGAGCGUAUUAGCAUGCCCGAGGAGAUCGAGAAAUGGAAAGUCCAAAACAAUGGGCAAGUGCCAACAAUAUUGAUCGAUUUGAAAGAAGCGGCACAAAUUUUCAUGCGAUAUGGAACAGGUGAAAUGAAUGUGGCUCUAGGUGGUUGUUUCACUUACUAUCGCAACCGAAUGAUUGAAUUUAUGAAAAAUUUCGGCGAAACGAAUGCAAAGAUGGUUUUUUUCAUGGCCGGCCGAAAGUACACCGAUGAUUUGGAAUUCUUUAUCCAAGCACGUGAAUCCGCUUACAUACAAAGUUUGGAUGUUUUAGAUAAAAUUGAAGGUUACUCUGAUUACAAGGAGCUGGAGGAUGCAUUUCGAAAGAAGUUUCAAAAUUUCCAUUGCGAUUUUCGAAUGGUUUCGACAUUCGAAUAUAAUUUGGAAAGGUUGGUUCGGCGUCACGGCGAUUUCCAUGUAAAUUACGUGAAACACAAUCAAGUAAUUGCCCGAUAUGCCAAUGAGCAUGCAGAUGAAGUGUUGGCUAUCAUAACCAAUGACACUGAUUUCAUGGCAUUUGAAGGUGAUUUCCAAUUCUGGAAGGCCAAUGAUACUAACGUUACUGACAUGACUUGCUACCGAUACUGUCGACGAACGCUGUGUGAUGAUCUUGGUUUGGAUUUUCACCAAAUGAAAUUACUUGGUGCAUUGUGUGGCACAAAGUAUUUAUCGACACAUUUGGUCUCUGAUUUUCUGAAUGGACUAGCUAGUACCAAUGAUGAUCCGAUUAAAAUUGGCAAAAUAUGGAAUGUUUCGGCAUAUAUAAAACAACAACCGUAUGAGGUGGUCAACAACAAGCCAAAAUUCGACUUAGAGCAUAUCAGCAAGGAUGUUUUUGGGUCGAAAUACACGCCCGAGCAGCUGAAUAGCAUUGCAAACAGCCUGAAAAUAUACGAUUUAGAUUUGGUCGAUGAUCCUGAACCGAAUGAUUCCUUCUUGAAAAAACAUAACACGUUCCUGUACAAGCUCUCCACCGGUGACACAUUUUGUGUUAUAGACAUUGAAUACAUUGAUUUUCGCAACUACACGUCCAAAAGCUAUGCUGAGUUGAUCAUGCCCAUUUUGAUGAAAAUGUGUGGAAUUUUGUUCAAAGACAAUAUUCCUCGUCCCGAAGUACGCAAGAUCUGUAUGAAACAUGCACACGAUGAACCGUUCAAAGUGACCGAAGAAGAAAUCGUUUAUCCACCAAUGGAAUUGCCCGAAUUGUUCGACUUGAUUUUCAAGCGUAGAGAAAAACAUUCCGAUGCACUUCAUUGGUCCCUACUCGAAUGGAUUCUUGACUUGAAUGGAGACUUCAUGGAAAAACUGCGGGCAAAUAAUCAUUCAAACAAACUAUCAGCCGUUAUUAUCACUCUAAAAUAUUUCAUCCAGCAUGGGGAGCUAUCAACUUAUGAAGCAAAUGCCAUCUUGAUCACUGAAUAUAAAAUACAUCGUUGUGGCUCAAGUAAAUUUGAGCUUCACAAUGUGCCGAAUAUUCACUACAUUCGAAUCGCUCAUUUGUACGUGAAAAUGUACGUCGUCAUUUCGCAUUGCUUAGGGAUCUGUGGCCUUCGAGACAUGACGAAUUUAAUACGAUUUGAUGGGCCCGUCUUCCUUAAAACCAUGGAGGAAUUCGAAACAACCUAUGACCAGCAGAAGCAACAACUCAAUGCAAUCGGACUGGAUUUCUUCACUAAUUAAUGCUUGUAUCGUUCGAGCUAUUAUAUGCUGUUCUAAUGCAGUCAAGCCGAAAAAAGAAAUCAAACAAAUAGAUGGAAUUCACAUUUUUAGUAAUAGCGCAAACCCAUGAAUUAUUAUCAAAUAAUAUCAAAACAUUCAUUCCUAUUUUAGUCCAAGUAAUACGGUAACAAACUUUUGAUGUUAAAAAACAGCCAUCAUUUAGCUUAUGGAAUAAGUAGUCUUUUUUAUUUCUUAUUUUUUCAUUAUAGUGUUAAACAGGAAUAUCCCAAUAACAUUCUUCACUUAUGUGUUCUGAUCAAAAUUUUGUUAAAUUUUAAUUUUACAUUAUCUAAUUACUUUCUUUUUUUCAUUUGUUAUUGCUAGCAAAAAUACUUGCAACAAUAGAUUUUGUCAUAAACAAACCUUUUCAUUCGAUUCCAUUACAUUUAUGAUUUGUUUAUAGCAUUGAAAUUCCAAAUGCAUUUCAAAAGUAAAGGUCGACAAGAGAGAAAUAUCUCUAUAUGACUUUAAUUAGCUUCAAAUGGCACAAUAAUCGUUUUGGAAUAUAAUAAAAUUAAUGAAACCAA